UUGGCGAAGGAGGCAGCAGUGCGGAAGUGUCAGUCAUGGACGAGUACGAGAGUGUGUUAUUAGUAAAAAAUGAGGUAUUUGUCUACAGAAUACCUCCCCGAACGACGAACAGAGGAUACAGAGCAGCAGACUGGAACCUGGGCACCCCAGAUUGGACAGGCCGAAUGCGCCUUGUGAACAGAAAGCAAGAGUGCAUCGUUAAGCUUGAGGAUAAGACUACAGGGGAAUUGUUUGCCAAAUGUCCCAUUGACAAGUACCCAGGCGUAGCAAUUGAGCCAGUUACAGAUUCAUCGCGGUAUUUUGUAUUGAGAAUACAGGAUGAAGGGGGGCGAUCGGCAUUCAUUGGGGUUGGCUUCGGCGACCGUUCAGACAGUUUUGACCUGAAUGUGGCAUUGCAAGAUCACUUCAAGUGGAUAAAACCAUCCCUCGAUCUCGGUUUUAAGGAGGGAGAAACCAUUAAAAUCAACAUGAAGAAAAAGGAAGGCCAGGAUGCCACAAGCAGGCCUAAACCCAAGGCUCCAGCUGGAGGUGGUCUGGGCCUUCUCCCCCCUCCCCCUGGAGGAGUGAAGCUGGCCCCUCCACCCGGAGGUGCUGGGGCUGCCACGUCCUCCCCCACAGCCACCCCCUCUGCCCCCUCAAAUGCUGACUUACUAGGCGGUCUCGUGGGUCCACCGAGCUCAAGUGUUGCUCCACAGGCAGCAGGCAAUGCAGAAUCCUGGGGCGACUUCACUAGUGCUGCACCAAAACCACCUCCCCCUGCUAGCAACUCGGCCAGUGGAGGCUCAGGAGGCAGCGGUUGGGUCACCUUUUAGAUACCACAGCAGAGAUUGAUAUACAGCUGCAACAUGGAUGCUAUGCACUAGAAAUUUGGAAAAACAUUUUUGGCUUAGAUGCCAUACUUUUUAGUCUUCCCCAGAAGAAGAUUAUCAAGAAAAUACCUCACUUAUUUGCUAUACCAGAUUUCCCCCCCCCCCCCCAUGAAUGCAGAAUGGGGAAGUAAUGCUCAUAAAUGCCAGAGAUUAUUUUGUGCUCAGUAUAUUCAGAAUAGGCACAUUUGAGUAACUAAUUGAAACAACCAGACUGCAGCAGCAAGGGACUCGUAUUUUCAGCUUUCUUGCUUAGGGGUUCAAAUUGCAAAGGCACUAGUCAUAUGUGGAGUAAGAGCAUAUCAGCUUAUACGUUUUUCCUCAUAACCAAAAGUCCCACAGAAAGGAACAUUGCCAUGAAUAGCUAAGAGACUUAUUGCACUUGCUGCGUGAAUGGUACAUUAAUAAAUGCUUAGAGAAAUGCACACUUCCCAUUGGCCAUCUGAGAUCGUAAUCUGUAAUAUUUAUCAUCUUGAAGGAGAGACUUGUUCAAGGCAUUCACAUAUUUGAUGUUCUUUCUUUUCUUCUUUUCCAUUCUACAAACAUAUUUUUUGUGAUGAAAAUUGUCAUAUACUCCCAGUCCUGAAAAAUCAUGGAUAGCCCUCAUGGUAUGUUCAGUGUUGUUAAUGGAAGAGUUUUACUGUUAUAUAAUUUUAGGUCAAGGGCAAAAGUAAUCAUUAGCAAUUACUACAUAUCUAGAAAGUAAUCAGGUAUUUUAAAUGAUUAGGUAAGUGACUAAUCAUGUGUAGUGCAUGUAUGGCAUAACGUAACUCUUCCCAGGUAGAGGGAAGGUCCAUAGAGAUCCCCUUUAUGACAAAGUGGACAAUAAAUUGUUUGGGUGAGCGUAGCACUGUUACAGUUGUAUCGACUUUCUUGUUUUCUAUAUAUUAACUAGUUAUAUAUUCCUUUAGCUGAGACUAUGUUAUAAAUUCCUAUUGAAAGCAGUAAACUCUGUUAUGUAAUUGGAUUUUAUGUUUUAAAUGCUUAUUUGAUUUUUGGCUAAAUACAUUUUUUUUUUUUUUUUCCCCCUUCUUUUUUCCUUAUUUCAAAGUUAUUCCUUUAUGGAUUGCUCAGAAAUCUUAUCAAGACAUACAGAUUCAUCUCAGUAUGCUCAUUUGUAUUGAAAAAAGGUGGUCAAAAUAUCCAUAUACCUCGAUUUGUAAUUGACACACGUUGCGAAAAAGUUGUUUUCGUACUACAGACUGAUUUACAUUUAGUACUGUGAAUGAUGGUUAUCACAAUUUACAUGAAGUAUAAAAGUGUUAUGUUAAUAUGCAGAACAUGUACACACAAUUAAUUUGAGACAUUUUAUAUCCGACUCUAAGAUACACGGCAGUUCUAAUUUUUAAAAAAAAUACGAUUGUUUAACAAACUGUAAAGAGUUGUAUUUAAUAUAUUUUUAUUCCUUAUAAGGUAAAUAUAUAAUUCAUCAGCAAUUCCAUGUACCUAGUUCAUUGUUGUCAAUAAGGAAGUGUUACUGAUAUUUUUAGUACCGUCAUCAGCAUUGGAAAAAAAGGAAAAAAAAAUAUAAUCGUACUUCAUGUAUAUGAAAUAUUGACUGUUUAGAAACAUAGUGUAGAUAAUAACUGUAGUGUAUUUGGAAGACUAUGUGUUCUUCCUUUCCCUCAUAGGGAAGGUAUGAGUUGUUUCUUAGAGACAUUAAAAGCUUCCUGUGCAAGCCAGAAACCCC